AUGGAGUGGAACAACCCUCGUUACCAAGCCUUUUGUCGUCAAUUUCAGAAUGAACAGGAACCCGACGAUCAUGAAGAUAAAGAACAUGAGCAAGAAAUGUGGCAGUCGUCGCUACAGAAUUCACUUGCUGGUGAUAGUGACGUUGCGCCACCUCGACGGACGUCGCCACCGAAGAUGGAAUUUUUCAACACACUUGGCAACGAAAGGGGUGGUGGCAUGACGUUCCAGUCUCUAAACUCGCUGAGUAUGCCACAACUGCAAGAGGCAACGGAAUUUCCGUCCUUCUAUUCGUCUCAAGGUGCUUACAAUGCUGCCACGCUGCCACAAAGUUUGCCAUCGCUACCAUCACCUCCGUCUAAUCAGCAAGAACUACAACCACCACCUCAGCAGCAGUUUGAUGGACAACUAGCGAUGCAGUUCAAUUCGCAGUACUCGGACUUCCCAGAAGAUUCGGCUAGUUACUAUCUACGCCCAGUUUCUUUUCCGCCAGCACCAAUGCCCCAGGCAGCUUCGAGGACAUCGAUGGACUACUUUCCUGACGGCAUUCCAGCUCUUCAUAGUGCACACACUCCAAUGCCGACACUACCAACAAGUUUUGGGUCGCUGGAGCAACAGCAACAGCAACAGUUGCUGCUACCACCCGGAUUCGAAGAUCAGCACGGGAAUUUUGACAGCAACAUGACGCACGAUAUGUCGUCGAGUAUGUUUCGCUCGUCAAUGGCUCCUACUGAGUCGUACAACUCGUCACGGACAAUGCGAACACUUUCGGUCGACAGUUAUGCAACUCAAUCUAGUGUUGGCAGCACACCUCCCGAUUAUUCACCCGUGGUUGCCCCGCUUGGAAGACCUAAGCGAGAAGGUGGGCUAAGAGAACCUUUUACGGAAAUGGCUACCACUCACGAGCCCAAGUUUUCACCAGACAAACGCAAGUUGUGCUGUGUAGAAGGCUGCACGAGUCAAGCUCGAGCCUUUAAUCGGUGUAAACGGCACGGCGGAUCGAAGCGCUGUUCAAGUCCAGGAUGCACGAAGAGCGUUCAGAGUCGCGGGCUGUGUAUCCGUCACGGCGGUGGAUCACGAUGCCAGGAGAGUGGCUGUACUCGUGCAUCACAGAGUCAUGGUCGAUGCAAAUUGCACGGUGGUGGGCGUCCAUGCAUCGUAGAAGGAUGCGAGAAGAAGGCUCAUUUGAAGCGUUUGUGCCGCAAACAUGGUGGUGGCACGAAAUGCUGUGUGGCUGGCUGCAAAAAGUGGUCGCAACGUCAAGGUAUGUGCAUGACGCACUCGAAGGUGGUUGGAUCGCAACCGAGUGAUAUAGAUGGCGACUCAAUUCUAUUUGAUCAAAAGCCAUCCCCAUCAUCAAGUCCGGACUUGUCUCCGCCACCUUCAUUGGAAAUGUUUACUGAGGAGGUGUAA